CUCGCGGCGUUGGCGUAGUGUGCAAUGGAACAGCCCAGCGAGAAGCCGCAGGAGGAGGAGCAGAAAGAUUGCCAAAGUCAGGAACAUAUAGAAGAGGCAUCCGAUCAAGGAAAGUUGCAAGACUUAACAGAAAGUAAUCCUGAUGUCGACAAGAAGCCUCUUAAACGAACUGAUGAUGGGAAACCAAAUACUUGUGAUGAAAGCAGCGAAGCAGUGCAAUAUUUAGAAGAUAAUUGUGAGAAAAAUCAGAACUUCGAAGAGGAGUUGCAGAAACCGGAAAGUGCUGAAGUGGGGUACAUGGAAAAAGAUGAAGAAACUGAAAAACAGCUCGCAGAAGAGAUUUUCGAGAAAGUUAUUGAAAAACGGGAGCUCAAAGGCAUUGAGGAGCUGGAAGAAACUAUUCCCCAAUUGAAUCAAACAUUUGGAAAUCAGUUGUUGAGAGGAGAAGAUGAGCCUAAGGAAGAACCAAAGGAUGAGCUGGCAGAGAAACCGGCGGGAGAUAAACAGUUGUCAACCAAUCUGGAAGUUCGGCCAAGAACUGAUUCUCUGGAGAGAGAAAAGGUUUCCGAAAAUGAAGAAAAGUUUCCAGAAAUCUUAGAGAGUGCGACUCAGCUCACUGGCAACCUUGAAGCUCCGGCAGAACACGAUAAUCAGAAGGAAGACGAACCAGAUCCGAACCAGGAGGAGAAUAAAGAGAACCUAGACAGAGUUGGGCAACAACACGAGAUUCCUGUAGCGCAACACGAAGAUGCAGCCAAGCAUCCAGAAGAAGAUCUCCCCAACGAGCAGGUUACACAGUUUCUCCGUCAGCUGGUCAGCCAACUGUGGCCGGAGCUAGGCGCCAAUCCCGAACUGCGUCUGGAAAGAGCAAGCGCCAAGGGUGACAAUUAUUUGGGCGUCGUGUGGCGUCUACAGGCGGCUUCCGAUUCGAAUCGCAGCCUGGUGGUUAAGCUGCCGCCACAGAAUCGCGUUCGCCGCAAGCAAUUCUUUGCACGACCAUGUUUCCUGCGCGAAACGGCAGCAUACGAGGUCUUUCUGCCGCUAACUGAGAUGAUUCAGGAAAGGUGGAAGAUAUCCGGAGGCGAUCGUUUCCGGCAGCACGCCCUCUGUUUCGGAACUCGCCUGGAUGAGCCCAAUGAGUGCAUCGUGCUGGAGGAUCUCUCCUGUGCCGGAUUCUCUCUUCACAAUCGGUUUCUGGACCUGUCCGUUGAGCAUGUGCGUCGCGUAAUGGUCACCUAUGCCAAAUUACAUGCGAUAUCAUUGGCCGGGAAGCGCCAGUUCCCCGAGAGAAUGCAAAAACUGCAGCAGCUGGUUGACAUCUUUGAGCAGCGACGAGAGGAUCAUGCCUUGGGUGUCUACUUUGAGAAUCUCAAAGGAAGUGCCCUAUCUGCACUGCUGGCACCGGAGGAUGAAUCCUACAGAGUUCGUCUGGAGGCAUACUUCGCCAGGGGAUCGUACUUUCAGUUGCUGCUCCCUCUGGUCAGCGGAUCCAAUUGCGAACCCUUCGCUGUCAUCUGCCAUGGCGAUUGUUGGAAUAACAACAUUCUUUACAAGACUGCAGAGCGGGGAGAGCUUGAGGACGUGCGCCUGAUCGACUGGCAAUUGAUGCGAUAUGCCUCACCGGUCACCGAUUUAUUCUACUUCCUAUUUACCUGCACUUCGCGGGGAUUCAGGCAGAAACACCUUAAAAAUAUGCUAGACGAUUACUAUGAGGAGUUGGGCCUGCAGCUAAUUAGACUAGGCGAGCGGGUGGAGCAACUUUUUCCCCGUCCUGCAUUCGAUGAACAGGUGGCUAGGAAAGCGGCUGUGGGCCUGCUCCUCGCCAUGAUGGUUCUACCCAUUGUAACGAUGCAGGGUCAGGAUGUGCCCGACCUUCAAGCGAUUAGCGAGCGAAUCGAGGCUGGUGCCACCACGGACCUCCAUGGAGCUGGUUUCCUCGGCGCGGGCAACGAGGCUACUUUUAAACAGCGCAUACGCGAGGUGAUCCUCGACAGCGUGGACUUUAACUACAUAUAGAAAACUCACCUUCUGGCGCGCCACUUGCAGCGGAUUCAGGCGAAGC